UAUAGGUACUGUGUGCUUAUUAUAAUCGGAAUCAACAUGGCGAAACUAGGUCUUUUAUAUCGGGUACAGAUUUCAGUGAAUAUACUUGAUUACUUAUUACUAACUCUCUGCGGAUGGUAAAUUAUUCUUUAAAUAAGUGAUUGUGUGAAUCUAUAAUAAAUAUUAGUGUGGUCUAUCAAAACACUUAAAAAUGGAUAUAAUAAACAACAUAUCUGACAAAGAUGGCGAUUCUACUCGAGCUCUUGUUUUAGUAGAGGCUCCAUCUAUCUUGGAAGUUCCGAAACACAAUUUUGAAGGAAAUCUUAAGAAAAAGAGACGACGCGGGAAGACUAAACGUAAAAUAUCUAAACCUUUCUCCAAAAUGUCUUGGCAAGAGAGAAGAAAAGUUGAUAACACUAAAAGAAAUAAUAGAUUCAGAAAAAUCGUACUAACUAAAACUCAAGCUCCUUUUAAUAAUAACCAAUUCCUAAUGGAAAUUCAUAAACCUGAGCCAGAAAAUAAUUUUCUACUAUACAGGACGCCUUCUGCUCGAACUCGGGAUUCAAGUUUCAGCAUUGAUUCCGAAGAUAAUUAUUUCCAUUCUCUACCAGAAGACGAGGAAGAAUAUUUGACAAAAGAAUUUUCAAGUGUUUAUGAGGAUGCCCAAUGUGAAAGAUUGUCUAAUAUGUCUAAAAAUGAACUCAUACAAGAAUAUCUAUUGUUAGAGGCUAAAUACGAUAAUCUUGUAAAAAGAAAUGAACGUUUUAAAAUGAAAGAUAGUGAAGACGAACAGGACACCACAGUUACUGACAAAGAAGUUACCACAGAUAAGGACAGCAUGUUGACUGACAGAGACACUUCAGGAGCAUCUGCCGCUUCAGGAUCCAUAGACGAACCUUCGAUGAUAGAUAUAUUACAGCAGUUGAAGGAACAAUCAGCACAGAUUCAUGAACUUCAAAUGGCCAAUGAAAAAUUGUUGCUUGAAAAUAAAAAUUUAAGACAAAGAAAUCAAGGCUCCAGUGAAGAUUCAGAGAGCGACAGCUCAUCUACAUCUGACACAUGCAGCAGUUCAAGUUGCACUUCCACACCCGAACAUCAGCCAGAAGUAAUGCAAAAUGGAAAUAUAGAGAAUCAAAUUCUCGUCAAUGGCAACCAUGAUUCUGUUACCAGCCCUCAAUCUACACCUUUGGUCAAUGGAUUCCACAGUCCACAUGAAUAAAUCUUACUUCUAAGUGGUAUAUACUUCAUACAUUUCUUAUAAGUUUUAAAACAGUGACUUUGUAUAGGGUUCUUGCCUUGUUUUGAGUCUAUAUUUCUUUUACCAUAUAUUAAUUUUAAGACUGUAAGAAUGUAAUUGUGAGAUCUCAUAGGCUUAGUGGUGUUCUGUGAUGUCCAACGGAUAUUAUUGUAAUAAAGUGAUGUUAUAAAAAGGGUCGCCUUGUGAUAGUUUGGGAAUGCAAGAAAUUGUUGAUAUAGUAUGCAAGGUCAUGUGAUAUUUUUCAAUUAUAUAUGUUGUAAAAAAUGUGUUCUUUAUUAUCAAAACAAUAUUAAAUUAUUUUAACAUAGAUUUUGGGGAAUAUAAACAAACAACUUUAUUGGAAAUAAUUUUGCGCAUAUCCAUAGAAUGGAUCUCACUUUUAUGUUUUACAGUGUAUAAGAUACAUAGUAAUAUCGAUAGUAGACUUAAGACUAAUAUAUUAUAAAAUUUUAGUUAAAAAGUUUAUUUGAAACUGUUAUUUGUAGUGAUUAUUAUUAUUUAAAUAGAUGAACCAAAUUGUGUCAAGUAGAAUAUAAGGUAGAUAGGAUUAUGCUGAUAAGGAAUUUAUUUUUAAUAUCGGUUCCCAUGAAAUAUAACAAUGGUAAUGAUUUAACAUAUCACAAUCAGUUUCUGUUCACACAAAUGUUUUGCACAACAUACUUACUUAAUUUAAUUUUUUAAUUCAUUAUAUGUGUUAUAGAUUACAACUUACUUUACGAUUUCAACUUAUAAUGUAAAAUAGCAAUAUAGUUAAGAUAUAUCUGUAGAAAUGUGAUUAAAAUGUAAUAAUAUAAUGCAAUUAUUGUAUUAACAUUAAAAGGUGCAUAGCCAUGAGGUCAUUGGCCUAUUUAGGUUUUGUACAUAGUUGUAUUGCGCUCUUAUCAUUUCAUAAUAUUACAAUAGGAAUAGGAAACACAUUUUCAUUUUCUUAGUCACCAAUUUACCCUGUGACAUGAUUAAUGACAAAUAGCUAUCAUUGCAUAAUCCUAAAGAUAAAAUUAUACAAUUCUUUAUCA